AGAGCAUGGUAACGGAAGUAGGGCGUUAAGCCCGCCCUCGCUUCCGGGGGGAGUUGUGGUGGCAUGUGGGUGUGCUGGUCUCCGCGUGUGUCUCCAGUGAUACCGGCUCGGAAGUACAGAGGUGCUGGCGUCGCGGGGCUGGAGACUCAAACACAGCAACCAUGGAAGAAAGCUUCCCCCGAGGGGGUACAAGAAAGACCCACAAAUCAGAGAAAGCUUUCCAGCAGUCGGUUGAACAAGACAACUUAUUUGAUAUUUCUACUGAAGAGGAAUCUACCAAAAGGAAAAAGAGCCAGAAAGGGCCAGCAAAAACAAAAAAGUUGAAAAUCGAAAAGAGAGAAAACAGCAAGUCUAUAAGAGAGAAGUUUGAAAUCCUUAGUAUUGAGUCCCUGUGUGAGGGGAUGCGGAUUUUGGGUUGUGUGAAAGAGGUAAAUGAACUGGAACUGGUGGUGAGUCUCCCCAAUGGCCUCAAGGGCUUUGUGCAAGUGACUGAAAUCUGUGAUGCUUACACCAAAAAGCUGAGUGAGCAGGUGGCUCAAGAAGAACCUCUGAAGGACCUGGCCCGCUUGCCUGAACUCUUCUCACCUGGGAUGCUGGUGAGGUGUGUGGUGAGCAGUGUGGGCUUCACAGAAGGGGGCAAAAAGAGUGUCAAGCUAUCUCUGAACCCCAAAAAUGUCAACGAAGUGUUAUCUGCUGAGGCCCUGAAGCCCGGCAUGCUGCUCACAGGCACUGUGUCCAGCCUGGAAGACCACGGCUACCUAGUGGACAUUGGUGUUGGUGGGGCCAGAGCUUUCCUGCCACUGCAGAAAGCCCAGGAAUAUAUCCGACAGAAGAACAAAGGUGCUGAAAUGAAGGUGGGUCAUUAUCUGAACUGCGUUAUUGAAGAGGUGAAAGGUAACGGAGGAGUUGUUGGUCUAUCUAUUGGUCAUUCUGAAGUUUCUACCGCCAUUGCUACUGAGGAGCAAAACUGGACCCUUAAUAACUUGCUACCAGGACUGGUUGUCAAAGCCCAGGUACAGAAGGUGACUCCACAUGGCCUUAUAUUGAACUUCCUCUCAUUCUUCACUGGCCUGGUUGACUUUAUGCACUUGGAUCCCAAGAAAGCUGGAACAUACUUCUCAAACCAAACAGUAAGGGCCUGUGUUCUCUGUGUCCAUCCUCGGACCAGGGCUGUGAGGCUGAGCCUGCGCCCCAUCUUCCUGCAGCCUGGGCGCUCACUCACCCGGCUCUCCUGCCAGCACCUGGGAGCAGUGCUGGAGGAUGUUCCUGUCCAGAGCUUUUCCAGCAAGGCUGGGGCCACUUUCAGGCUGAAGGAUGGGGCUCUGGCCUAUGCCCGGCUCAGCCAUCUCUCCGAUUCUAAGAACGUCUUCAAUGCCGAGGCCUUCAAGCCAGGGAACACCCACAAGUGUAGAAUCAUCGAUUACAGCCAAAUGGAUGAACUGGCUUUGCUCUCUCUGAGGACAUCUGUUAUUGAAGCUCAAUACCUUAGGUACCAUGACAUCAAACCUGGGGCAUUGGUAAAGGGCACGGUGCUGACCAUAAAGCCAUAUGGGAUGCUGGUGAAAGUGGGCGAACAAAUCAGGGGCCUGGUACCUCCAAUACACCUGGCCGACAUCCUGAUAAAGAAUCCAGAGAAGAAAUACCACAUUGGGGAUGAGGUCAAGUGCCGGGUUUUGCUUUGUGAUCCUGAAGCCAAGAAGUUGAUGAUGACCCUGAAGAAAACCCUGAUUGAGUCCAAACUGCCUGCCAUUACCUGCUAUGCCGAUGCCAAGCCUGGUCUGCAGACACACGGCUUCAUCCUCAGAGUCAAGGACUAUGGCUGCAUUGUGAAGUUCUACAAUGAUGUGCAGGGUCUAGUGCCCAAGCAUGAGCUCAGUGCCGAGUAUGUCCCUGACCCAGAGAGGGUCUUUCACAUCGGCCAGGUGGUGAAGGUUGCGGUGCUGAACUGUGAGCCAUCUAAAGAGAGGAUGCUCUUGUCCUUCAAGCUGCUGGGUGAUCCAAAGAGAGAGCAUACGGGACACAGUCAGAAGAAAAGAAGAGCUGUUAGUGUUGGACAGUUGGUGGAUGUAAAGGUUUUAGAGAAGACCAAGGAUGGGCUGGAGGUGGCUGUUCUGCCCCACAACGUCCCUGCUUUCCUCCCCAUACCUCAUCUGUCGGACCAUGUCGCCAACGGCCCUCUGUUGUAUCACUGGCUCCAGGCUGGCGACAUCCUUCACAGAGUCUUGUGUCUGAGCCAGAGUGAGGGACAUGUUCUCCUUUGCAGGAAGCCAGCUUUGGUUUCCACCGUGGAGGGCGGCCAGGAUCCUAAGAGCUUCUCAGAAAUCCAUCCUGGGAUGCUGCUCAUUGGUUUUGUGAAGAGCAUCAAGGACUACGGUGUGUUCGUCCAGUUCCCAUCAGGCCUUAGUGGACUGGCCCCCAAAGCUAUUAUGAGUGACAAGUUUGUGACCUCCACAAGUGACCACUUUGUCGAGGGGCAGACGGUGGUUGCAAAGGUGACCAAUGUGGACGAGGAGAAGCAGCGCAUGCUGCUGUCUCUGCGGCUGUCGGACUGUGGUCUAGGGGACCUGGCUACCACCAGCCUCCUCCUCCUGAGCCAGUGCCUGGAAGAGCGGCAGGGUGUGCGCAGCCUCAUGAGCAGCCGAGACUCUGUGUUGAUCCAGACACUGGCUGAGAUGAUUCCAGGGAUGGUCCUUGACCUAGAGGUGCAGGAGGUGUUGGAGGAUGGCUCUGUGGUGUUCAGUGAGGGCCCAGUGCCUGGCCUGGUCCUGAGAGCGAGCAGAUAUCAUCGGGCAGGGCAAGAGGUGGAACCUGGGCAGAAAAAGAAAGCUGUAAUCUUAAAUAUUGAUAUGCUGAAGUUGGAGGUACAUGUUUCCCUUUGCCACAAUUUGGUGAAUCGAAAAGCUAAAAAGCUGAAGAAAGGCAGUGAGCACCAGGCGAUCGUGCAGCACUUGGAGGAGUCCUUUGCUGUCGCCUCCUUGGUAGAGACUGGCCACCUGGCAGCCUUUUCCCUGACCUCUCACCUCAAUGACACCUUCCGCUUUGACUCAGAGAAGUUGCAGGUGGGACAGGGUGUCUCCCUAACCCUCAAGACCACAGAACCAGGAGUGACUGGUUUUCUUUUGGCUGUUGAGGGGCCAGCUACUAAGAGGACUGUGAGACAGACCCGGAAGGACUCUGAGACAGUCGAUGAAGACGAGGAAGCAGAUCCAGCUCUGGUGGUGGGUGCUGUGAAGAAGCACACCCUGUCCAUUGGGGACAUGGUCACAGGGACUGUCAAGUCCAUUAAACCCACUCAUGUGGUUGUGACCCUGGAAGACGGCAUCAUUGGCUGUAUUCAUGCCUCCCACAUUCUAGAUGAUGUUCCAGUGGGCACAUCUCCUACUGCCAAGCUGAAAGUUGGGAAGACGGUCACUGCCCGAGUGAUUGGUGGGCGAGACAUGAAAACAUUCAAGUUUCUCCCAAUAAGUCAUCCCAGAUUUAUUCGAACCAUUCCGGAGCUGAGUGUCCGGCCAAGUGAGCUGGAGAAGGAUGGCUGCACUGCUCUCAACACUCACACUGUCAGCCCCUUGGAGAAGAUUAAACAGUACCAGGCUGGACAGACCGUGAUUUGCUUCUUGAAGAAGUACAACGUGGUUAAGAAAUGGCUUGAGGUGGAGAUUGCUCCAGACAUCCGGGGGAGGAUUCCCUUGUUGCUCACUUCUCUCAGCUUCAAGGUUCUGAAACAUCCAGAUAAGAAGUUCCGGAUUGGCCAGGCCCUGAAGGCUACAGUGGUUGGCCCAGAUUCUUCCAAGGCCUUCUUGUGUCUCUCACUUAUAGGUCCUCACAAGCUUGAGAAAGGGGAAGUGGCCAUGGGCCGAGUGGUGAAGGUGACUCCCAAGGAGGGGCUGACUGUCUCCUUCCCCUUUGGGAAGAUGGGAACUGUUAGUAUAUUUCACGUGAGUGACUCCUACUCAGAGAUGCCCCUGGAAGACUUCAUCCCCCAGAAGGUUGUCAGGUGUUACGUCCUGUCUGCUACAGACCAUGUAUUGACUCUGUCGCUGCGAUCGUCUAGGACAAACCCGGAGACGAAGAGCAAAAUAACUGAUGCUGAGAUUAACUCCAUCCAGGAUAUUCAGGAAGGGCAGCUCCUGAGGGGCUAUGUGAAGUCUGUCCAGCCGCACGGUGUGCUCUUUGGCCUCGGCCCCUCUGUUGUGGGUUUGGCCCAAUACCCACAUGUCUCCCAGUACAGCCCGUCCAAGAAAGCCCUUUAUAACAGAUACCUCCCGGAAGGGAAGCUGCUUACAGCCAAGGUCCUGAGCCUGAACCGCCAGAAGAACCUGGUAGAGCUUUCAUUCCUCCCCGGUGACACUGGGAAGCCGGACGUGUUUCCCGCCUCCCUAGGACUGCCACUUCUAAAGCAAGAGGAGAGGAAAAUGGAGGCAGGGGAGCAAGAGCACAAAGGAGAAGAAGAGCAGAAGAAGAAGAAUCAGAAAAGGAAAGGGAAGAAGAACGAGGAAGGGCAGGAGGCAGUGCAGCCGCUUGGCAAGGAGAAGAGCGAGUCCCAGAAACCGCAGGCCAAGAAGCAGGGCAAGCGGCCGCGUCGGGAGCCUGCAAGUGAACAGGAAGGAGUGAAGAAGAAGCAGAAGAAAGCUGCUCUGUCAGAGGAAGACGACAGUGGUGUUGAAGUGUAUUAUCGGGAAGGGGAAGAGGAGGUGGAAGAGAGGAGUGUGCUGCCCAAGGGGAAGCCAACCAGGCCAGCAGAAGUGCCCCGGCUACAGCUGUCCUCCGGUUUCAUUUGGGACGUGGGGCUAGACUCUCUGACCCCGGCCUUACCACCUCGAGGAGAGAGCUCAGACAGUGAGGAGGACGACAAGCCACAGCAGUCCACGAAGAGGAGCAAGAAGGAAAGGAUGUUGGAGAAGCAGAAGGCAGAGAAAGAGCUGUCCCGCAUUGAGGAGGCACUGAUGGAUCCCGGACGACAGCCAGAGUCCGCAGAUGAUUUUGACCGACUCUUGCUGAGCUCCCCCAACAGCUCCAUCCUGUGGCUGCAGUACAUGGCCUUCCACCUGCAGGCCACAGAGAUCGAGAAGGCCCGGGCCGUGGCUGAGAGGGCUCUCAAGACCAUUUCCUUCAGAGAGGAGCAGGAGAAGCUGAAUGUAUGGGUGGCUCUGCUGAAUCUAGAGAACAUGUACGGCUCUCCGGAGUCACUGACCAAGGUCUUUGAGCGGGCUGUGCAGUACAAUGAGCCUUUCAAGGUCUUUCUCCAUCUGGCUGACAUCUACACCAAAUCAGAGAAAUUCCAGGAAGCUGGUGAGCUCUACAACCGGAUGCUGAAGCGAUUCAGGCAGGAGAAAUCUGUCUGGAUCAAAUAUGGUGCCUUUCUUCUGCGGAGGGGCCAGGCUGGGGCCAGUCACCGUGUGAUGCAGCGAGCCCUCGAGUGUCUGCCCAAUAAAGAGCAUGUGGAUGUGAUUGCCAAGUUUGCCCAGCUGGAGUUCCAGCUAGGGGAUGCGGAACGGGCCAAAGCCAUUUUUGAGAACACACUGAGCACCUACCCAAAGCGCACUGAUGUCUGGUCGGUUUACAUCGACAUGACCAUUAAGCAUGGCAGCCAGAAGGAAGUCCGGGACAUCUUUGAGCGGGUCAUUCAUCUCAGCCUGGCUCCCAAGCGAAUGAAAUUCUUCUUCAAGCGCUACCUGGACUAUGAGAAACAACAUGGCACUGAGAAGGACGUGCAGGCCGUGAAGGCGAAGGCCCUGGAAUACGUGGAAGCCAAGAGCUCCGUGUUGGAGGACUAGUGGCCCGCGGGCCUCAGAUGACCACUGUCGGCAGGGGGCCAGCCCUGGCGAAUCUCAGGCGCGUGGGCGGCUGAAAAGCUGUGUUGUCUGAGGACUCUUAUUUAAGUGUUGCUUUUUCUGCAGCACCUUUUAGGGUAAUCCUGUCAGGAUGGAAAAGAACUUGAGCUUUCUUAGACUGCCUUUUUGCUUGUUUUAUUUUAAGUACUAGUUUACUUCAUUUGUACCCUUUUCUGAGGCUGCUCAGUGGUUGUAGGCAGCAGACUCUUGGACCCCUAGAAAAGCUGAGGCGCUCUCCUUCCUGGGAGUUUGCUGGGGACAAGAAUGGAGGGGCUAACUUCUGAUGACCUGGUAGUCAGGAUCUCAGUCUGGCCCCAGCAGGCUCUUGGUCCAACUAGAGGGGGUCAGCAAGAUCCAGGGAGUGGGCCUCCUCCCGUAGGCUGAGUCCCGCAGCCUGUGCUCAGCUAGCACUUGUGCCCUUUUGUGGACUCAGUGAGGCUGGGACAGGAGGAUGAAGGCAGACCCCAGAAAGGACAGUUGGGGAACCCGGGUACCUGAGAGGAAAGCCACAGGGAUUGACAUGAACCACCUGGGAGGCCCAGAUUAUCCAGACUCUCCUAAGUUAGGUGCCUCAUUUGUGAAAUGGGGUCAAAAAGUCCUACUUGGAAUAGUGGUGGGGCCAGGUAGUUAGGAGACUCGGUGAGGACCUAGAUUGCUGUGCUGUGUGAGUUGGGGAGACCACAGUUUUUCUGUGUCUCCCUAUAGCCCCGAUGGGGAGAGAUCCUUGGAUGGAGGGCAUUGAUUGGCUGGAUGAUUUUCCUUGAGACCUGAGGGAAAGGGGACAUGUUGGGUCCACCACACCCACGCCUCCCUGGGGCCCUUGUAAAUUGCCCAGAAAGGUGGUCUCCACCUCCUUUGGUAAUAAUCCUGUAUGUUCCAGAAUUCUUGGAAGCCAGCACAGACUCAGUUGUUGAGGCCAGUUCUUUUCUGGCUGGUCUUAAGGGGAUUAAACGUUUUCUUUGGCAUCGCUCUAAA